AUGUCAACCGCGAUGCACAUCUUACCCAGAGCAGACGACGGGGAGCUCAAUUGCGGCUCUGGUGGCGGCGCCGACUCUUAUUUUGGUUUACGUGUAGCGGCGAUCUUUAUAAUUUUAGUGGGUUCGAGCUUUGGUGCAUUGUUCCCUGUCCUAGCAAGAAGGUCUUCUUGGUUACAUGUGCCGACAGCCGUGUUUGACUUCGCAAAAUAUUUUGGAAGCGGUGUCAUUAUCGCAACCGCUUUUAUCCAUCUAUUAUCACCUGCACUUGACGCCCUCUCUUCUGAGUGUCUUGCAGAAGGAUGGCAAGUUUAUCCCUAUGCACUUGCAUUGUGCAUGCUCAGCAUCUUCCUCAUCUUUAUCGUCGAACUCAUUGCCUUCCGAUGGGGGACGAAAAAACUAGCAGAGAUCGGCAUGAGGCAUGAUGCACACGGACACCUCGCGGGUAGCCAUGCCGCACAUGGACCAGAAGGCAACUCGACGUCGAGAAUCAACAUGAACAUCGCAGUCCUGGAUUCCGCACUAACGCAGAUCAUUGGUGUUGCCAUCCUUGAAUUUGGUGUCGCUUUGCAUAGUAUACUGAUUGGUUUGACGCUUGCCGUCGAUGAAGAUUUUAAGGUCCUCUUCGUCGUCCUGGUCUUCCAUCAAACGUUCGAAGGACUAGGUAUAGGCUCCCGACUCGCCUACAUGGACCUUACCGCCCAAGUAUCACUGGCGCUAUACGGAUUGACGACACCCAUUGGAAUCGCAGCCGGCCUGGGUGUCCGUACCACCUAUAAUCCUGGUAGCACCUACUGCAUCCAUCGUCAGCGCUCUGGCAUCUUGAUCUACACGGGUCUGGUUGAAUUGCUCGCUCAUGAAUUCCUGUUUAACAAGGAAAUGAUGACCAGCUCAAACGGCCGGUUAGCGUAUGCGAUCGCAUGCAUGCUAGCUGGCUGUGCGCUUAUGGCACUCUUGGGUAGAUGGGCUUGA